AUGCCUAACCAUCAAAAAUGCUACGGAUGCCACCAAGAUUUAUCGGGAGAAUAUUGCACACUUAAAAAAGAUAAAAGAGCAGAACAUGGAAAAGUCAUCCAAACUAAAUGUGAAGAAAGCAGUUGUGGUAAGAAAUUUGACCCUCGAACAGCUGAGGGACUAAGACAUAAAGGUGAACAAAACCCAACAGAUUACCCUGAUUAUGUUGGAUUAGAAAUAAUUUUUGCUAGUGAUUUAGGCUCCGUUUACAGACUUACAUUCAAAGAACACGAAGAACUAAACAAAAACUCUACUCCUAUUAAAACUAUGGAGGAUUUGUCCAUUACUUUACAAGGUGAUAAACUUCUAAUUGAGUAUAAUAACAACUCUCCAACUGAAACCAAACCAAUAGAUACUAGUGAAUUACAGUUAAUCCAAUCUUAUUGUCAAAGUCAAGGCUUAACUUCUUUAAGUUUAAGUGAUUUACAAAAAAGCAAUCAAGAAAAGAAUAGCCGUGAAUUUGCUAAGAAGACUUAUCACUAUUUAGGCAAUUAUGGUAAAAAUCCUGCUCUUUAUUCUCUCGAAAGUUUGAAACAAUUAUUGAGAAAAAAUGAUAAACCCACCACUGAUAAAGAUUACUAUAAUUUGUAUGAUUUAGUAAAAUACACUCCUACCGUGGUAGAAAAACUAGAAAAAGAUGUUGCUAGUUGA